AAAGAGAUUUCCUUAGAAAUCUGCUACUAUGGGAUGGGCGGGGCAUAUGUAGAUAAGGUAUCCUUAUCCCUGCCUUUAUAUCCAAACGGUCCAUAGAAGGAAACUUUGCUCGAGUGUGGGGGCGCGCUUCUCAGCUACCAACCCUGGCUGUGCCAAACGGUAUAAAUCAAUGGCCAAGAAAGCGUUCGGAGUAUCGGUAAGGAACUGACGCCAUGAAGACUUCACAGCAGAUUUUUUUUAAAACUGAGAAUGAACUGUUUUGAUAUAUACCUAAUAACCAAGUGGUAGAUGUGGAUAUCCUGUAGCCUAUAAUCCCGACGGCGCAGACCGUGCGCCUGUAGACUACAGGACUGGAAUCGAAAGGCAGAUUCUCUUCGAAACGCCCUCAGUCCGAGGGAGGGGGGUAGAGAAGUAGCAUUCUGGUGACAAAGAGGACCAUACACGGCGACCGAGGUUGAAGAUUGAGGUGGAUCAGAGCCAGCGCCCGGCGGGUUGUUUGUGAUUAACUGCUGCUGAGGACUGGGGUAUGGAGAUGUUGCGUCGCUCCUCAGUAUUCGCGGCUGAAGUGAUGGAAGUAUUUGACCGCUCCCCCACAGACAAGGAGCUGGUGUCACAGGCGAAGGCUCUAUGCAGGGACUACAUCCAUUCCAGGCUGAACCGAACCGGGAUAGGGUGGUCCAAACCCGAGCAUCAGCUGUCAGCAUCUGGUGGGAUGCUUGGAGAGGUAUCCUCUGUCCUCAUGUGGUUAGGUGAUGAGUUGGAGUACCUGCGACCCAACAUCUACCGUAACGUAGCUCGUCAGCUGAACAUCACCGUUGCGUCUGAGAGCGUGGUGUCUGACGCCUUCCUGGCUGUGGCUGCAGAGAUCUUCUCCACGGGUAUAACGUGGGGGAAGGUGGUGUCCCUGUAUGCGGUGGCUGGUGCCCUGGCGGUGGACUGCGUGAGGCAUGGUCACCCAGCAAUGGUCCACACCAUCGUAGACUGCAUGGGGGAGUUUGUCCGCAAGAGCCUGGUCUCCUGGUUGAAGAGGAGAGGAGGAUGGGCUGAUAUCACAAAGUGCGUGGUGAACACAGACCCCAGCUUCCGCUCUCAUUGGUUGAUGUCUGCUGCCUGCGCCUGUGGACAUUACCUGAAGGCCAUGGUGUUUUACCUGCUCCGGGACAAGUGACAACGGAGGAGGAAGGUCACAGACACACGACGCGCAGUCUGCCCUAUACGAACACAGCCACCCCCCUAUCCAUCAGUGGCAUACAGGACAAGCAAGCCCAGUCCCAGAUCAUUUUGUGCUCUUGACAACUCCAGUGAUGUCAUUGUCAAGCCAAACCAUGUUUGUCAUGACCAUGAGUGACAAGGAGUUGCAGAAACAGACUGGUACUCGGAGGGGGCCAGCCAGCCUCCCUUCCCCUCGUCCUCUGUCCCUCUGUCUGCGCUGCAGCCAUCACUGCUCUGGCGUCUAGAUAUGUUGUUGUCGUUUACACCUGCAGAAGUUUGCUCCAACACUGCCAACAGGCGAGCACCUUGGGACUUCACAAACGCACUGGAGCAUCAAUGUGAAUUAGCCUUGUCUGCUUCCAACACACUUUAGGGUAUUUAUUAUUUAGCUUGACGGCAAUAUUUUGUGACGUGCUGUACAUAUCCUCCAGCUGGAUUGUGAGGUAGUAGUCUAGUCAUAUAGAUCUAUAGAAUAGAAUGCCACCCAUCAACCAUUGACUUGAAUGCGAAUGUCCUUUCUACUCAUUCUAUUUCUGUAUUUGUUUUUCUUCAGUUACAUCCGAGAGUCACAUUCCUUGCUUUAAAUAUUUUUUUUUUAAUAAAAUGUAUUUAACUAGGCAAGUCAGCUUAAGGACAUUUUCUUAUUUACAAUGACUGCCUCCCUCGGACGGCGCUGGGGCCAAUUGUGCGCCGCCCUACAGGACUUCCAAUCACGGCCGGUUGUGAUACAGCCUGGAUUCGAACCAGGGGUGUCUGUAGUGACGCCUCUUGCACUGAGAUGCUGUGCCACCCAGGAGCUUUAUGCUUGCAUUACUCAAUGGCAAAUAUUCUAUUCAAAGCAAAUGGAAGAUUUCUACACAUUUUGAGUUUCUGUUCUACACCUGUUAGAGCAAAGGGGAUAUGGGCCCAGACAGUGUGCGUGUAAAUAAACCAGUAUUUUUCAUCCAGGGGUCGUACUCUCCCUGGUGGCUGAAAAUAAGAAUGACCAGAACCCCUUUUUUCAUGACGAUUUGAAAAGGAACAUUUGUGAAAUUAUUCGGCAUUCCUCAGUUUGGAUGGAAAUAUCGUUUGGAUUCAAAGGUUUGUCUGCAUGAUCCACGUAGUUGAUGAGUGUGUCAAUUUACACAAUCUGGGUGAAUAAGUGUGUGUGUGACUUUUUGUAAAAUAUUGUGUAAUUAUGGAUCACUCUUAUCACUUGAAUCCCAUUCAGACAUUUUGUCUGUUUUCUACAAUUGUAUUCUGUGAAUAACUACACAGUAGCUUACACACACUGUAUUUGGCAUGCAGCACUGAGUGUCUUCUGAAAUAAAAUGUUUUACAUUUCAA